UUUCAAGUGUCAAGAAUUUAAUUUUUAUUAUUACAAAAUUCCUGCCACCACGCGCGUUAAAACUUUAGAACUGUAUCGCUAGUACGAGAAACUUUGUAUUUAGGUUGUGUUAAUGUGUUCAAAUUAGUAUGACGACGUUAAUUUAAUCAUUGUAAUUUAACCUAAAAAAAUCUAAACAAAAACACGUGUAAGAAUGUCAUCAAUAAAUAUUCAAGGAUUUACAGUUCUUCCACUGUACUUUUCUAAAGAAAAUUCUGGUUAUCACAACAUAUUUAUCAAAGAACAUUCUGUUCGAAGUUACGACGAAAAAAAGCCUCCUGGCAAAACUCUGUUUGCUGUAAAUAUACCUCCAUAUGUAGAUGAAGAUAGUUUAAAAAGAGUAUUCUCUGUUGCUGGAAAAGUGAAAUCAGUAUAUUUACAAGAGUCUGCAGUAGAAAGUGACAAUAAAGUAAAGUCAGGUUUUAAAGUGGCUUACAUUGUAUUUAAUAAACAUGAAGAGCUCUUGAAGGCCUUGAAGAUGCAGGAAUUGGAUCCACUGUCAUCAAAUGAAAAUCCAGUCUUAGUAGGACUAAGCAAGUGGGUACAUCAGUACAAUUCAUCUAUAUAUAAUCAUGAAAAACUAAGUGAAGAAGUGAAUAAAUGUAUAAAAAAUAGUGAUAAGGAGGAGGAAGAAAAGAAAGCCCAUGGAAAAGAAGAGGUGGAUGAUGCAGGUUGGACUGUUGUAACAAAGAAGGGAAGAAAUCCUGGCUUCGCAAGAAAAGAAAGUGUUGAAAAUAAAAUUAUACAAAAAAAUAAACUCAAGUCUAGGAAAAAGGAACUCAAGAACUUCUACACAUUUCAAAUAAAAGAACAGAAAAUGAAAAAUAUAAUUGCACUAAGGAAAAAUUUCCAAGAUUCGAAAGAAAAAGUUAAUUUAAUGAAGAAAAUGAGAAAUUUUAAACCAUUUUAAAUUCAUAAAUGAAUUUAUUUUAAAAUUUACUUACAUUCUUUAUGUGUAUUAAUUACU